AUGCAGAGGAGUCCCACGUACCAAGCUGCUCAGCAGAAUCACGCGUCGUCCAAUAACCUUAAGGCCCUAGGACGCCACGAGCAGCUGGAUCCAAAGGACAGCCAAGACUCUGAGGACCCAGGAGAAUACUGUUAUGGUGGGUACCACCCUGUCCAGAUAGGCGACACCUUCAACAGAAGAUACCAGGUGCUUUCCAAGCUCGGCUGGGGCUAUUACGCCACUGUGUGGCUGUGUCUGGACCUCAGGCUCGGUAGGCGCGUUGCUGUGAAGGUGCUGAAGAGCGGAGCUGGCUUCACCCAGGCAGGACAGGACGAACUCGCCCUCCUACGAUGCGCUAGCGGUCCUACGAGCAGGCAUCCCUCCAGUCGAAGGAUCGUUCAGCUGCUGGAUGAGUUCAAGCUGGCCGGAGUCAACGGGGUCCACAUGUGCCUGGUCCUGGAGCUACUGGGGCCCGACCUGAGAAGCUGGCAGCUGUGUUUUGGGAGUCCCGGACUGACGCGGCCUUCAGUCAAACAAAUACUCACUCAGGUUCUUCAGGGCCUAGACUACCUCCACACUCGUUGUAAAAUCAUCCACACGGACAUCAAGCCAGAGAACAUCCUGCUAUGUCUGGAGGAGCAGUCUCACAAAGUACCAGCAGGGGACAUCAGCUCCUCCUCUGUACUGACUGGGAAAGAGGCCAAGACAACAGAGAAAGAGCAGGUGAAGCCGCACAGUUUAAAGGAAAUUAAAGUGAAGAUUGCUGACCUGGGCAGCUCCUGCUGGGUGUACAAACAUUUCUCUGAGGAGAUUCAGACCCGUCAGUAUCGCUCACUGGAAGUUUUACUGGGAUCUGAGUACGGUCCUCCUGCUGACAUCUGGAGUGUCGCCUGCAUGACCUUCGAGUUGGUCACUGGAGACUCCCUGUUUGAGCCCAAAGCUAGUGAGUCCAUUUCCCUGGAGGAAGACCAUAUAGCCCAAAUCCUGGAGCUGCUUGGUCAAAUCCCACCAGCUGUUGCUUUGUCGGGUAAAUACUCUGCAGAGUACUUCAACCGCAGAGGUGACCUGCAUCGCUUCGGCCCGCUGAGGCUCUGGAGCCUCUUCGACGUUCUGGUGGAGAAAUACCACUUGCUGUUGGAGGAGGCCACUGGAUUCUCAGACUUCCUUCUUCGCAUGUUGGACUACCACCCAAAGAGGAGGGCCACCGCUGCACAGUGCCUCCACCACCCUUGGCUGACCUCCUGA